GUUGAAGAAAUGUAUUCUUUAGCUAAGUUUAAUUGUAUUCGAUCAAUUUUCAAAUUAAAUUUUCUGGAAAAAAAAGAUUAAAUGAAAGAAGAAAAAAGGGUCAUAUGAAACACGUUACUCUAUAUUUUUGACUUGUCGAUUGUAUCAUGAUUAUCGGGACAUCUUGUAUAGCUCCGCUCAGUUGCGUUGAACAUCUCGGCGUUUUAUCAAAUUUGGGAAUGCGAAGAAUAAAAUAUCAUGGUUUAUGACUGAAAACAUCUUUUUUGCGAUUACUCGGUAUUGGAAAACAUCUCUUGUGUCUGUCAGUACAAUGUUGUUGCGAACGUACAAGUGGGGAUUAAACUGCCAAUUUAAACAGCUUGCUCGUAAUUUUGGAAUAUUAAAGCAUCAACCAGCUCUUGGAUUUGAACAUCAUGUUGCUAAACUGCCGAUAAUACAACAUGUUAGAUGUAAAUCUAACACUCCAAUGAAUACCAUUAUACUAUUUGUUCCACAACAAGAGGCAUGGGUUGUUGAAAGAAUGGGAAAGUUUCAUAGGAUUCUAAACCCAGGGUUAAACAUUCUUACACCAAUAAUUGAUAGAAUUAAAUAUGUUCAGUGUCUCAAAGAAAUAGCUAUAGAAAUACCUCAACAAAGUGCUGUUACCUCAGAUAAUGUAACAUUAAAUAUUGAUGGUGUAUUAUACUUAAGAGUAGUUAAUCCAUUUCUGGCUUCAUAUGGUGUUGAUGAUCCUGAGUUUGCCGUAGUUCAAAUAGCUCAAACUACAAUGAGAUCUGAGCUAGGAAAAAUACCUUUGGAUAAUGUGUUCAGAGAAAGAGAAGGGCUCAAUGUUUGUAUCGUUGAGAGUAUAAAUAAAGCAAGUGAAGCUUGGGGAAUAGCUUGUCUAAGAUAUGAAAUACGUGACAUAAGACUACCUCCAAGAGUACAAGAAGCAAUGCAAAUGCAAGUGGAAGCAGAACGCAAGAAGAGAGCUGCAGUUUUAGAAUCAGAAGGAACUAGAGAAGCAGAAAUAAAUAUAGCAGAAGGAAAACGUUUAGCGCAGAUUCUAGCAUCCGAGGCUAUAAAACAAGAAGAAAUAAAUAAGGCGAUUGGUACUGCACAGGCUUUAGUGGCCAUUGCGGAAGCACGUGCAAAGAGUUUAAAACUUGUGGCAAAUGCUCUCAAUAUGACAGAUGCAAAAAAUGCAGCAGCAUAUAGUAUAGCAGAACAAUAUGUCAAAGCAUUCAACAAAUUGGCAAAGGUCAACAAUACUUUGAUCUUGCCCAGUAAUGUUUCUGAUGUGUCUUCCUUAGUAACACAAGCAAUGACGAUUUAUAAACAAGUUAUGUCUCAGCCUACUUUAGAUAAUCCUGAUGCAAAAGAGAACAAAGAUGCUCUCAGUGUUGAUGACUCAGAUGAAUCUUUCGAAUAUUUCAGUGACAAAGAAGAAGCAGAGAAGCACAGAAGCAGCAAAAGAAAGCAAAAUCCUAAAUUCUGUCCUUAUAGAGAUGGGGGAAAUAAUUAAUUAUGAGUCAAUAAUAACAAAACAAUUUUAUGCAAAGAUUCAUAAGUUAAAAUAGUUACAAGAAUAAUUAAUUUUUUAAAAGUGCA